AUGCCCAGGCAGCACCUAACUCCGAACGCGUGUCUCGUGUGUCGGAGAAAGAGAACAAAGUGUGACGGCCAGCUCCCCUGCCGUAGGUGCAGGUCGAGGGGGGAGGAGUGUGUGUACGAGGACAAGAAGUGGCGGACGAAGGACCACCUGCGAUCGGAAAUCGAGAGAUUGCGAACCGAACAACGACAGGGCCAGGCCCUCCUCCGGGCCCUGACAAACAACGACCCAUGCCGUUGGAGAACGGUGCUGGAUCGUAUGACGGCAGGCGACCCUCCAGAGGCCAUCGCGGAAUGGAUCCUCGCCCAGCCGUCGGCAAGGUUGGCCGGAUCAUCGGGGCGACCGCCGCCGUUGGGCUUCGCCGAUGGCCAGGAUGGCAAGCCUUCUCGGGGCGGGCCGGAUGCCUUGAUCACCACCCUGGGCUCCGGCCUCGCUGAGAAUUCCCGAACUUCUCGGCACCCAGGCCCGUUGGUCGCUGAUACACUCCGACCCCAGUCCGCAGCCAGCACACGGCCGGAGAGGACUCGGAGGUUUUCUUUUGACCCCGGGCCCUCCAUAUUUCCCCCCGGGAUCUAUACCCCCCCAGCCGAGGCACCAAGGCGUCUGCAUUUCCCACCCCCCGACUCAUCCCCGGACCCUAUUCCUCACACGUGGACGAAGGUCACAUCCGACAGAUGCCUCGUCCAACGGCUGCUCGCCAGGUUCUUUGGAAGCUCGCUGCCAUAUCUCUCCAUCGUCUCACAGCGCCACUUCAUGAACGACUUCAGGCAAGGCAACCCGCGGUUCUGUUCAGAGGCUCUCGUGAAUGCCGUCCUAGGUCUGGCUUGCGUCGCCGCGACGCCGAUAUCCCAACCCGUUUCCAGGGUCGGCUUCGGUGAUGCCUUCUUGGCGGAGGCGAAGAGACUGCUAGCGAGGGAAGAGGAACUGCCCAGCCUCCCUUACAUCCAGGCACUCGGGGUCCUGGCUGUUGCAGAGAUGACCCGGGGAAAUGAAGAGGUCGCUGGCGAUCUUGCCCGCGAGUUCGCAAGGGCCGGCAUUCGUUUCCUCCUCCAGACGCGGCAGCAAGAGCACGGCCAUGAUGACGACUUCAAGACCGUGCGGGCUUUGGCCUAUUGUGGGGGGCUUUCCUUGGUCCGUCUUCUCAGGCUCUUGACCGGAGACCUCGAGCCGAAAACGGGUCCCUUAUUCAUGAGGAUUUAUCCCGACUUCAGGGAUGUGGAGGAUGACACCCCCGAGGCACGCGUUGAGAGAGGGAUCUCCUUGCAGGUUCAGUUUUUUGCAGAGCUGCAGCACUGCCCUCCCCUGGCUCGCUUCAUCUUCGAGGUUACCGAGGCAGCACACACCUUCUCCUCGUACAACCAUUCCAAAGCCAUGACCGCUAGUGACCUCGAGGGGGCCUUCGGCAAGUGCACUGGUUAUUACCGCCAGGUUGCCGAGUUGUCCGCGUCUGAUGCGGAUGGUGUUGGACCUGACGUUCUUCUUGCGCGAAUAUGGUACAAUUUCUGCCUGCUCAGUUUGCUCCAGCCGUUCGUCGCCAAUUCGGCAAGCCUUGUCGACGGGUUACCUCCCAGCCUGACCGGGCAUUCGACCCCCUAUAUUGUGUGCCGACAGUCUUCUGAGGCCAUCAUCUCGCUCACCAGCAUCUACCAAUCCCGUUAUUCCCUCGACUAUCUCCCACCACUGCUCCCUUACAUGGUCUUCGCAGCAGUCCUCCACCAGCGAUCCCUAGCCGCUCCCCAGCUCACGGCCGGGGAGGUCACACAGGAGGGGGUUGUUCUGUCACCCGAGCCACGGUCCCCCGAUGCCGUGUCCGACCCGUCAUACUCCCUCUCGGACCGCAGACAGAGCAUGUCCCAGCCAGGGGCGUGCUUGGGCCCAGCAGCGAGGCCUUCCACGUACGGGCGGGAACCACCAUCCCCCGCCGUGGUGGCCGCCACGGAAACACCGAGGUCCGCUGGCCACAAAGCUUCCGCCUUCCCGACUCCGCCAACGUGCCUUUCUAGCGAGAACCAAGCGUGCCGCUCGGGAGCUUACCGCGCCGGUUCCAACGCCCCUCCCUCCGAUACAGGGCAGCAUUUGUCACUGGCGCACCCGAACGCCCAAUCAGGUGCCCUGCCCACCUUCACCUCGCAGCCUGCCGAUCUCGUCGCCCUAGGCUCCCUGCAGCUGUUUUCGAUGGGUGCUCAACACCGUGGGGCUGCUGAAGCUAGUCACCUAUUACGCACCUCGGGUUCUACUCUAGACAUAGUAGAGUCAGGUAGCUAG